CAAAAGAUACAAUGGGGUUUAGGGAUUCUUUUGGUCUGUCAACACAGUUUCUCUUAAUUUAUUCACUGUUUUCAUUUACUGUUGCUAAGUGUCUUCUUUUUGUUCCACCUACAAGAUGCCAUGAAGAUGAAAGCUAUGCGUUGGUGCAAUUUAAGGAAAGUUUUGUUAUUAGUAAGUCUGCUUCUUAUAAUCCUUUCAGUUAUCCAAAAAUAGCAUCUUGGAAUGCAACCACUGAUUGCUGUUCAUGGGAUGGCAUUCAAUGUGAUCACCAAACAAAUCAUGUCAUUGGCAUUGAUCUCAGUAGCAGCCAACUCUAUGGUACAAUGGACGCUAAUAGCAGCCUCUUUCACCUCAAACACCUUCAAAGCCUUGAUCUUGCUGAUAAUCACUUCAAUUACUCUCGAAUUCCAUCUAGGAUUGGUGAGCUUUCACAGUUAAGGUAUCUCAACCUUUCUCAAGCCUAUUUUUUUGGUGAAAUCCCACAACUAGUCUCACAUUUGACCAAGUUGCUGUCUCUCGAUCUAACAUGGGGAUUUUCUAGUUCUCCAGAUUCAGCCAAUCUUUUGAGUUUGAAAAUAUCCACUCUAAGAAGCUUAAUUCAAAACUCAACUAAUCUUGAAAUACUUCUUCUUGAUUUGGUGACCAUUUCAUCUUCCGUACCUUAUAUAUUAUCAAAUAUUACAUCUUUGCGUCAACUCUCUCUUUACAAUUGUGAACUAUAUGGGGAAUUUCCCGCUGGAAUAUUCCAUCUUCCAAACUUGAGACAUCUGAAUUUGGGAAAUAACCUAAACCUCAAUGGUAAAUUUCCUGAUUUUCAUUCAAGUACAAAAAUUGAAGUGUUACAACUCUUCAACACAAAUUUCUAUGGUACACUACCUGCAUCCAUUGGAAAUCUCAAGUCUUUGACUUGGUUAUCAAUUUCUCAAUGCAACUUUUCAGGGAUCAUUCCUUCUUCGUUUGGAAACCUCACUCAGCUUACUGUUCUAAAAAUUAACCACAACAACUUCAAGGGCCUUCUUUCUUCAUUCUUGUUAAACCUUACCAAAUUAAACGCCCUGAGAGUUGGUUAUAAUGAAUUUACCACCGACACCAUCUCAUGGAUUUGUAAGCUGUCAAGAAUGAAUAAUUUAGACUUAAGCUUUGUAAAUAUUGGCAGCGAAAUUCCAUUAUGUUUUGCGAAUCUAACCCAGCUAUCUAUAUUAUCCCUACAUCACAGCAAUAUAAGUGGACAAAUUCCAUCUUGGAUAAUGAACCUGACUAAUUUAGGUUUCAUGACGCUUGCAAAAAACAAUCUUCAGGGUGAAAUUCCAAACUCUCUUUUCAAACUUGAGAAGCUAGAAUUUUUUUGUGUGAACGGUAAUUUGUUGGAGGGAGAAUUAGAGCUUGACAAGUUUCUAAAGGUCGAAAGGCUAGUUUGUCUUCAAAUAUCUGACAAUAAAUUGACAUUAACUAGUGGAAAAAACCCAUCCAAUGUAAGCCUUCCUCAAAUUCGAAUUUUAGGUUUGGGUUCAUGCAAUUUGACCGAGUUUCCAAAUUUUCUUCAGGACUUGGCUGAGCUGUCAGUUCUUUCCAUGUCAAACAAUAAUGUUAAUUCAUUCCCCAGUUGGAUGUGGGGAAAAACAAGUCUUCGGAGCUUAAGUGUUUCCCACAACUCAUUGAAAGGAAAAAUAUCCCCACUGAUAUGCAAUUUGAAAUCUCUUGUGCAUCUUGAUUUAUCAUUUAACAACUUAACCGGCAUAGUUCCCUCGUGUUUGGUAAGCUCUAGCCAAUUUCUACAAACUUUGGUGCUAAAAGCAAACAAACUGUUUGGCCAUAUUCCACAGACAUAUAUGCUAACAAGUGCGCUGAGAAUGAUAGAUUUAAGCAAUAACAAUCUGCAGGGUCCGUUGCCAAAAGCAUUGGUCAACUGUAGAAUGUUAGAGGUUAUUGAUGUCGGUUAUAACAAAAUUAAUGAUUCAUUUCCCUGUUGGUUGGGAACUCUUCUGGAGCUAAAAGUUGUUGGUUUAAGGGAUAAUCAUUUGUAUGGAUCUAUAAGGUGCCCUGCAACAUGCACAUUUCCCAAACUGCACAUCAUUGAUCUUUCUCACAAUCAGUUCUCUGGAAAUUUGCCUUUAAAAACAAUCCAGAACUGGAAAUCCAUGAAAUCUUCAAACUACAGCCAACUGCAGUAUGAGAGUUAUCCACCGUUGAAGUUUGUGGGUAGUUCCACUUCCAUGAAUGUUGUUUUCAGUUAUUUAUUUACAAUGUGCAACAAAGGGAGGGUCAUGGUUUAUGCAAAUCUCAGAGAGUUUUACUAUUUGAUAGCCAUGGAUCUUUCAAAUAAUAAAUUCAGUGGGGAGAUUCCAGAUGUUAUGGGAGACUUAAUAGGCCUUAUUUUGCUCAACCUGUCCAACAACAUGCUUAGUGGCAACAUUCCUUCUUCCUUGGGAAAGCUUUCAAACCUUGAAGCAUUGGACCUUUCUCUCAAUAGAUUGUCAGGAAAGAUUCCCCAGCAAUUGGAAGAACUAACCUUUCUGUCAUACAUGAAUGUGUCUUUCAACAACCUCUCAGGUCCAAUACCACAAAAUGAUCAGUUUGAUACAUUCGAAGGUAGUUCAUUUGAGGGUAACCAAGGACUGUGUGGGAACCAAUUAUUGAAGAAAUGUGACACUGAUGGAGGGUCACCAUUUGCUCCACCUUCAGCCUCUGAUGAUGAUCAAGACUCUGGAUUAUUUGGUCAAUUUGACUGGAAAGUGGUUCUGAUUGGGUAUGGAGGUGGACUUCUUGCAGGAGUGGCUUUGGGAAGGACUUUCAGUCAAGAAAUAAUUGAAUGGCUUAAAAGGCUCGUUUGAGUUGAGUAAUAGAUCCGGAAGUAGAAUUUACACGUGUGGACUAUGUUUUCCUUGGUUUGUUAUCAUUUCCUGUUUCUUUUCUUUCUUUCAAGCACUAGUGUUUUAAUCUCUCUUUCCAAAUGUUGUCAUACAUAGAAAUAAAUUAAAGGGAUCUGGAUUCUUUCUCGUGUAGUAGAAGAAUCUAAAUCCUACUUGUCAUGUCAUGUAAGUAAAAAAUCUGGUAAGUAUAGUGUACGGUAUAGUUUAACAUGAAAUUUGAAAAUUAAAAACAACAUUUUUUUUUGGUAUAGAAUGCGGAUAUAAAAGCUACUGAAACUGCUACAAGGUUUCGUCCCACUGAUGAGAAAACAUCUCCCAAUGAGCAUGUAAGUGUAUCAAUUCUUCCUUCCAGCAGUUUCGGAGACCACUUCUAAUAGCAAAUAAUUAAGCUAGCACUGGAUCACCUUCACACAAUGACUGUGAGAUCCAAAUAACCACUUGCCUACAGCAUCGUGGAGUACUGAUAAUUGAUAUGCUUUACGUAAUUUGAAUAUUUAAAUCACAUAACAAUUAUCUAAUUUUUCUCUCUUUUAUUGCUUUUUUUGUGUUAAAACAUUAGGAAUUUAGUUUCUUCUGAGUUUUUGUCCAAUAGAUACUAAAGUUAGCUAAUUUACAGUGUUUUGAAGUGUAUUUUUUUCAUAGAAUUACAUAGUAGGAGACCUAAAAGAGAGUUGAAGAACUGAAGCAGCACUCUCAGCAGGGUCAAUAAUCGCUCGGCGCAAUGAGCCAACUUGGAGGUCAGGCUUAGCCCACAUCUGGCGGCUUAGCACGCAUCUGUGUCUUAGCCUGCAUUUGGAGGCUUAGCGCGCAUCUGCGGCUCAGCCUCCAUCUUGCAACUUAGCACGCGGUCACUUAUGUCAUCUGAACUUUGCAUGUGUGCUUAGCAAACACAUGCAGACUUACGCAUGGUCAAUGUCAGAAAACAUGAUUGUGUUGCGUUUUAAAGGGAAAAGAAGGGAGAAAUCAGAGAGUUCUUUUGGGGGACCAAAAUAAGAAACUAGGGCACGAGAGAAUAGAGAGAACUCAUUCAAUUGGGGAUCUUUUCCUCCAUUUUCUUCCACACCUCUUGUUUUCUUUUGGUAUUAGUAAGUCUCUCAUAACAAUGAGAGGCUAAACCACUCAUUGUUGGGAGUUCAACAAUUGAUGUAAUGAU